UAACAAAUUGAACAUUAUUGUAGGUAUAAAUCUAUUAAAGGUGGAUGAAGUCCAUGUGUUUUGCCAAGAAAGAUUCCUGUCUUGAAAAUGUAGUCCUAAACUGAACCCUACCCAUAACCUAUCCCUAAAACCUGAGGGACAUGAUGGGUGAACAGUUACUGAUGUAGAAGCACCUAACCCAUGUUGGAAGCCGAAACUUGACAAACUGUAAACUUGUCCCUCAAUUCUGAUUGGUUAUGUGCAACGUUGUUCUAGGAUCAACAAAGAUGUCGAUCAGGAACAUGUUGUACCUGGUGAAACCCUAUCAAUAUCUCAGGCUCAGCCUAAAGCACAGUACAGUUCUUGUAAGGUUUUAGAUGCAAGAUGUUAAUCUGUUGACAUCAAUUAAAUGAUAAAAUUUGAAGUUUUCCCAGGCCUCAAUAGCUGUCAAGACACACUUAGCUUAGGUUUAGCUAUAAAAGUUUGCCCACAAUCAGCAUGUAUUUGCAGAUCACAUAUGGGCCACUUUAUCUUACUUAAUCACGAUCAGCAAAAGCCAUUCUUUUAGAACAUUAUUGACAUAUCCUGUCGAAGCUGUUGACCCAUAUAAAGUGCAUCUCAAUGCACUGCUGGUAUAAAAAUGUGCUAUUCACAAGUCUACUGAUGUGUAUGUAGGUGAGACAUGAGAGCGUGGGAGAGCACAGAGAUGUGUCCGUGUCUGUCAAUCUGAUUACAAAUUACAUGAUGAAAAUUGUAGAUAGUUACUCAAUUUAAAUGACACAUUUUUCAUGUAUUCAGACUAAUUUUUGAUUACCUUUGAUCAAACUUAUUUAUCACUUAGAAAGAAAGAACUGAUGCCACAAAAAGAAAUGCAUUGCAGGUUGGUCUAUGUCAGGGAGUUCAGUGAUCUGAAGAUGACUGUCUACUUUGCAUUUGUCUGUUUGCCUACGUCAAGAUCGGGAAGUGUCUUUCUCUUUCUCACCAGCCCAUAUAAACAAGCAGAUUCAGUGCAGUUUGUAUUCUGAAGAUGCAGCUCUCAUUGGUUUUCAGAGCUGUGCUGCUGCUUUUCCUGCUUGCCCUUAUACUAGGUGUAGAAUGUGAUUCUUCUGAGAAAAAGUCUAAAAGAAAAGGAAAAUCGAAACGUGAACGUAAAAAGAAAGGACUGUGGGUCGUCCAGGACUCAUCUCCGUACAACAGCUCAAUGAGUGCCUCCCUGUCUCCAAACAGAUCUUUGUCACCCUGGACAUAUGAAACUUCCUUUGACGAUUCACGAAUCCCACAGAAAAUCUCUGAGGCAAAAUGUGAAAAAAGAGGCUGUAUAACUGAAGAUGGUGAGGAAGACUUGGGACUGGAGUCUAAACCCAUCUACUACCAGAUCAAUGUCCUGAGGAGAGUGAAGGGCAAAAACAAGAUGUACUACGCCCUUAAACUGGAGACUAUAAGUGUUAGUGUAGGCUGUACAUGCGUUUUACCCAUUGUUGUGCCUCAGAAUUAGUUCUUUAUUGUACUUUUAACUGUGUACUGCUAUAUUGCUGUAUUAAUCUGCCAAUACAGAAAACGUCUGCUGUAAUCUUUUCAUCAGCUUUGUAUUUAUUGUAAUCUCGAUUAAUAAAAUAUUAUUGUAAUAUUUAUUGAUUUGUGAUUGUUUCAGUGCUUAGACAUGUUGGAAUGCAUUAAACAAACCUUCGUUUUAGUUAAGAGAAGCAUUUAUUUGACUGUUUAGAGAAUCUGGAAAUUACAAACACAGUGAGGAUUUACGUUCCAUUUUCUGACAAAAAAUCAGGUCGAUUAACAUUAAUUCUCAUCAUUGCACAUACGACGGCUCUUUUUUGAUGCUGCGCACCAACAUCAAAUUGCUUUAUCUUCAUAUAGAACAAAUAAAAGAAACAAGACUAUACGGUAAAGCUCAGUGGCAUGCCAAAGCAAAGUGCACCGUUCAUAUCUAAUACUUUCAAACUAUUUCCCGAAUACAAAGCAGAUCUUUAUCUCACACCUGAGUGCUUCCAUUCUUCAUUUUCUGAGAUGCCACUAUGUGUUUAUCUACUGAUAAAAGCUUUAAAAUAUAAUAAAUGUAAAAGCUAAAUGUGCUUCUGAGUUGUGCUUAAAGUGUCACUGUGCUCACUGUGAGAGAGGAAUAUGAGCUUUCAUAUCUAUAGGCAUCCAGAAUGUUCUAAUAAUCUAAUAUUAAUUAUAUAAAAUGUUCACCUUGCAUAAACACAGCAGGAAAUGUGAUAGAUAUUGUACCUCUAAGCCAUUUGAUUACCGAUGCUUUAUAAUACAUAUUGUAUAAGCAUGUUCUGUGAAACCCUAUUGAUUAUUGAAUAUUAAUAUUAAACGAUAAUUAAAAAAGCUCGAGCCAAAGCCUCAGUAAAUGGCA